AUGGUACAUGAUGCAUCAAGAGUUGAACAUGAGGAACUGUUGAAAUAUGCAAAGCAUCAUCUCUCUGAUUUUCCAGUUGGCACUCAGGUUGAGGAGCCAAAAUCAGCAGAACUAGUUUUGUUCUUGCAUUUGAACUUCAUGGUGGAUGGCUUAAGGAGACUUCCUGGUGGUUGGCUUAAGGAGACUUUCCCGAUAAGAUUCUUCACCCUGUUCAUAACUAUGCUAUUAUUUCAUAUGACCCUUCUGCCCUUGGAGCCACUGGUUCUUGUAUACAUUGCUGAGAGCUCACUUCAAAACAUGAGAGGUAGCUUAGGAUUUGUUAACCAGGUCCCUACUUCCUUCACCUUCGGUUCCUCAAGAUGUACAAGCCAUAUCCAAGCUUGCAGAUGUGAUUUCCAUUUCUGCCCUUGA